AGAAUGUGUGUGUGUGUGUGCGUGCAGGGAGAUAUCGCUGAAAAAGGAACAGGAAGAGAAGAUACUAGAGCCUCCUCGUACACAACUUUGCUCUCCCGCUGUGCAGCGAGUUCCUCUCCCGUCCCCCGCUGAAGGUCCCCAUCAUGGGCAAAGUGAAGGGCAAGCCUGGGCCCUUGGCCCGGAGGCCAGACAACUCGGCUUUCAAACAGCAGAGGCUACCUGCCUGGUCUCCCAUGCUGACUGCGAACACUGUGCUGCCUUUCUUCUACUUUAUGGCUUUGAUAUGUAUGCUGCUGGGAGUGUGGCUGCUUCUCACAGUUCAGAGCACACAGGAAGUUAAGAUGGAUUACACCGAAGCUGGGCAAUGUAGCACAUGUUUUGAAAAGCUUCAAAAUAAGAGCAACGCAGGACAGAGCUGCAGCUGCACAGUGGUCCUCUCCAUCAAGAAACCCCUCAAGGGAGACGUCUUUUUCUAUUACGGCCUCAAGAACUUCCACCAGAACCUCCGUAGAUACAUGGACUCCAGAGACGAUGGACAGAUGGUCGGCAGGAAGACAAACUUAAAGAACCCCAGUUCUUACUGCACGCCGUUCGACAGAGACCAGAACGGACUCCCCAUCGCCCCCUGUGGUGCUGUGGCCAACAGCAUGUUCAACGACUCCUUCACUCUGUUCUAUCAGGAAAAAAUUGGUAGCUCAGUGAAGGUUCCCUUGUUGCGGAGAGGCAUCACCUGGUACACGGACAAAAAUGUCAAGUACCGCAACCCCAAGGUGGACAACUUGACCCUGGCUAAAGUGUUUGAAGGCACAGCCAAGCCUCUGUUCUGGCAGAAACCCGUGUACGAGCUCGAUCCGUUUGAUUCAACCAACAACGGCUUCAUUAACGACGACCUGAUCGUGUGGAUGAGGGAAGCAGCAUUCCCCAACUUCAAGAAGCUCUAUGGGGUUUUAUACCGAGGCGACAGCCCCUUUACUCAGGGGCUUCCAGCGGGGUCUUACACCAUGGAGAUAUCCUACAACUUCCCUGUGCAGCAUUUCCAAGGCAGGAAGGAAGUGGUGCUGACCACGCUGACCUGGUUCGGAGGUCAGAACCAUUUCCUGCCCAUCGCUUACCUGGUGACCAGCGGUCUGAUCCUCCUGAUCGCCAUCGUCCUCACGGUGGUGUGGUGCAAGUUUGGAAAGACUGGGAAGAACAUGGAAGAGUGAAGGGUAAAGCGGUAAAAACUUUCAAGCCGCUAAAGAUCGAUAAUUGCUGUUUUUAAAAUAACAGAAUGGAAAAAGGGUUCUAAAAAGGUUUACUUGUUGAUUUGAAUUGAUGAUCUUUUUUAUUUUUAACACACACCAUGUUCUUCAUGCACUGUUAAUAUUUAUAAGAUAAUUCUAUUUAUUUUAAUUAUCACAUCAUCAGUUAGUAAGACCCAGUCACUCUGGUGUUGAAGCUCCUCAGUAAAUGUGAUAUACAAAACUCCACUGUAUUCAAAGUGUGAUGUAUAAUAAAGAGGGACACCAGCCGACACGACCUUGUAACUCCCAGUCAAAAAACUGAAUUGUAGUUUUUAAUUUAAUAUAAUUAAUCUGUGCAAUGUCGUCUUAUGGCAAGAAGGUCCCCGGAUCCAGACCCAGGGACGGCCGGGCUCUUUUUUUGUGUGGAGUUUGUGUGUAAUUGAGGAAUCUAAAUUACCUAUAGGUGUGAAUGGGAAUGGUUGUUUGUCUCUCUAUGUUCCAGUUUACCCUCCGCUACCCUCAAAUAUAGAUAACGGAUGGAUGGAUGGAUGAAAGGUUCAGCUAGUGCUGUUUCUACGUCAAGGUUUACAUGAGCUCUAGAUGUUGUUAUUCAGCCUAAGACUAAAAAUCCACAAUCAUGUUAGCAGCUCUCUCAGGGUUCAGGGCAGCUUUGAGCUUAAUGCUUCAAGUAACCAUGCAAUAUGCUGUUCUGCAGGUAUGUUUACUAUGUGCACCAGCUCAGUGUUUGUCUGGCAACACAACUUGAUCUGAAAAUGUCAUUAACUUAACAGAUAUUUAGGUGUAAAUCAAAGAAAAAUGACAAUGAUGCAAUUUUAAUGUUUUUCCACAAAGUUAAAUAUGGUUGUUGAUUGAGGAAAAAUACUGCAUUUGUAAUUGUGAAGACUCUACAUGUCUGAGAGGAAAGAUAAACAGACAUGAAUCAAAUGCAAGUUGCCUGCACUGAAAAAAGACAAAUGUUUAAGAACUUCAUAAAAAGAAAAAACUAAGUUUCUUCAAAUCAAAGCUAUAAAUUGUGUCAACACAACUUAUUGAUUGCAAUUGGAACAAACUCAAUAAUUGUGUCAGCAAUCUGCAUAUUUUUGGUUGGUUCAACAACUUUGUCCGUGUGCAAUGAUUUUUACUGUUUUGACGACAGCUGAAGAUUGAAAUAAAACAUCACGUAAUAACUCUUUA